AUGAACUUUGACGAGAGCUCGACCGUCCUCGUCUCCCAGGAAUUCACAGCCGUCGUCCUCGCAGGUUUUGGCAACGAGCUACUCCCCUUGACCGGCAACAAUGGCGACGAAACGUGUCCCAAGGCUCUACUACCCAUCGCAAACAAACCCAUGAUCGAGUAUCCUCUUGCGUGGAUAGAGCAGUCUGGCAUACGGGAUGUCCUUCUCAUCUGUCCUGCCCCACAUCGAUCCGCCCUGUCAAAUUACAUACAAUCUGACUCCUCCACAUCCUUUCCAUCUCUUCGUAUCGACCUACAAACGUACGACGAAACCCAAGAAUCCGCCGUAGGAACGUGUUCCAUCCUCAGACACUUCUCCCAACGCAUUCAACACGAUUUUGUCCUCCUUCCCUGCGACUUUGUCCCUCCGGAUUCCCUGCCUCUCAGUCAGAUUGUCAAUAAGUUUAGGACGGAGUCGACCUAUGAUGGCUCGAUUGCCACCGCCUGUUUUUACGAAGCUCGGCGACCUGAGAAAGCCGGUAGCUCAGACGAGUGGGGAGUCCUACCCUCUCCCGUUUCGAUCGUCUGGGACGAAAGGACGGGAACCCUGUUGUAUAUCGAUACUCCCGAUGACGUAGACAAGAACGGUGAAGAGAUCGAAUUGAGGAUGAGUCUGCUCUCCCAAUAUCCCCGCGCAAAGCUAUGCGCUAACAUGAACGAUUCCCAUACUUACGUAUGCCGAAGACACGUCCUAGACGCUUUGCAAGAAAAGACACGCUUGGACUCUAUUCGUGAAGAAUUCAUCCCGUGGUUGUGCAAGCCGCAGUAUCAGCGCACUCGAAGAGAAAAAUACGGCUCUGUCCUGAGUCCACUCUCAAACACAUCCUCGCAAGGAUUGGCACUGAGACAUUCCACUAUUUAUACUGAUAUACAUAGACAUCAUCAUCAUUAUCAUCGGGGUUUGGCCUCCCCAGUUGACCCGGGAGAUGGGUUAAUCCGGUCCGUAGCAGCGUCACCCGUUGACGAGGCAGAGGAGGCCACAGUGCCGAGCUUGAGAGUGGGUCUGCUGGUACAUAGGGCCGAACAGGGCUAUGCUGCUCGUGCGAACACCCUUCACGCUUACCUUGAACUCAACCGACAUUUCCUUGCGCAAACGACCUAUUCUCUACCUACCGAUUCGAGGAGUCGAUCGCUCAUUGACCAGAAGGCACAGAUAUCCUCAGACUCAAUGAUUGGCCUCUUCACUCGCGUAGACGAGCGAACUACCGUCAAGAAAUCCGUGAUUGGGCAGCACUGCGUCAUUGGCAAGAUGGCCAGAAUUGUGGGAUGUGUGAUCUUGGAUCACUGCGUCGUCGAGGACGGCGCAAAACUCGAUGGCUGCAUCCUUGGAAAGAACACGAAAGUGGAGGCGAAGGCGGAGUUGUCGAGAUGCGUAACCCAGGCUGGCUAUGAAGUAGGCACAGGUGAAACAUUCAAAAACGAGAAGCUGGAAGUAACCGACUGGACUGCCGAAACACAGUCCAGCGAUGAGGACGAGGAUAAAGAACAGGAGGAUAGCCCGACUGGCGACGACAGCGAUUGA